AUGCCAAGAAAAUCAGGAGGUAUGAAAUCAAGUGGCUUUUCAAGAAGCUCUGGGCCAACUAGAUCUGCAAAAACAGCUCAAGCUCCUCAGCAAACAUAUCAAGCCCCACCUAUGCAGCAAAGCCCAGGGAUGGUUGGCUCACUAGCAGGAACAUUGAUGCAAGGAGUGGCCUUUGGAGCAGGAAGCGAGGUAGCUCACCAAGCAGUUCGAGGACUCAUGGGAAGCGGUAGCAGUCACGCUCAAGAAGCUCAGGUCCAGUCUCAGCCUCAACAAAUCCAAGAGCCAUGCUCCCAACAUAACCAAGACUUCUUAAACUGCCUUCAAUUCAAUAAAAAUGAGAUUGGAAUGUGCCAAAGUUAUCUUGACUUAUAUAAGCAAUGCAAAGGCCAAUUCUAA